AAUUUCUGGAAAACUACAGCAGUUUUUUAGAUUCUUAUAUAAAUGGAUUUGUAUCUUUAAUUCAAAUAUUUUGUUAGAUACUAGAUGGCCAAGAUAUUGAUAACGUACUUUUUUUUUGAAAUCCAAAAUAAAAAUAUCCAUUUCGAAAUAGUAAUGACUUAUUCUGGAAUGCAAGGUGUUAAUUAUAUAUAAUAAUUCAGUCAUAUAUUUUCUUUCAGGAGGUAAAUGGGAGUGAGUUGGCAGUGGAUUCUAUUCCCGCGUGAAAAGUGUCUCGACUGGUGAUGCCCCACCGCUGGGACCAUGGGCGGCAGACGGGGGCCCUGCAAGAGCUUCGCCAUCAACGUCAUCCAAAUCAUAACCAUCAUAUGUCAAGUACUAACAGAGGAACCACGAUUCGCUGAACCGAUCCCCAACGUGACGGUGGCACUGGGGAGAGAUGCCAGCCUCCCGUGCGUUGUUGAACACCUUGGCACCUAUAAGAUAACAAAACAAAAGUUGUAUUUAACGUAA